CGCCUCGCCGCCGCCGCCACCAUGAGCCGCGCCGGCGCUGCGCCCGCGUUCCUGGGUGCCGGGGCGGUGGAGCAGCACUGGCCCGGCCCCCGCCCGCUCGUCUCGGCCCUCGAAGCCGCCUUGGCCGCCUUCUCCAGCGGUCCCGCGGGCGGCGUGGUGCAGCCCCUGCGCACCGUAGUCCCGAUCCAGAAGUACAGCGGCUUUUUGGGAGUCAUGCCUGCAUACAGCACAAAGGACGAUGCUCUGACAACCAAGCUGGUGACCUUCUAUGAGAAUGUGACUCCUUCGCACCAAGCAACAGUCCUGUUGUUUGACCCAGCCAAUGGCACCCUCAAAGCGGUGAUGGAUGGCAACAUCAUUACAGCCAAACGUACGGCAGCUGUUUCAGCAAUAGCCACCAAGUACUUAAUGCCUGCAGAUUUGGACGUCCUCUGCAUUCUGGGAGCUGGUGUCCAAGCUUAUAGCCACUAUGAACUUUUCACAGAGCUGUUCUCCUUUAAAGAGGUUAGAAUCUGGAACCGCACCAAGGCGAACGCGGAGAAGUUUGCUCACACAGUGAACGGACCAGUGCAGGUCUGUUCCUCCGCCCAGGAGGCCGUCAGCGGGGCCGAUGUGAUUGUCACGGUCACGAUGGCAACUCAGCCCAUCUUGCGUGGAGAGUGGGUGAAACCCGGAGCCCACAUCAAUGCCAUAGGAGCAAGCCGGCCUGAUUGGCGGGAGCUGGAUGAUAAUGCAAUGAGAGAAUCUGUGUUGUACGUCGAUUCAAAAGAGGCAGCUCUGCGUGAAUCAGGAGAUGUCAUUUUAUCGGGGGCCAACGUUUUUGCAGAGCUCGGCGAGGUGGUGUCGGGAAGCAAGCCGGCCCUGCGUGAGAAAACAACAGUGUUCAAAUCAUUGGGGAUGGCAAUUGAAGACACAGUCGCAGCAAAAAUGGUCUUUGAGUCUUGGUCAGCCAGCGGAUGAAGGCUGCAUCUGGUGUUGACUUCUGAGCAAAAUUGGUGGAGAUUGCACUGUAACUCUUCUUAUAUCAUGAUAGCAAGAUAAGUAGUAGCAUAACAAAAGAAUCAAAUGGAAAUUGGUUUAUCUCAGUGUUUCUCAACCUCAG